ACAUUCCCAGUUUUCAGUGAAGGCAGCAUAGCUCCGCUUCCUCCUGUACAGCUUCUUGCUAACUGCAGCCAUUUUGAUUUGAACCGUAUCUCCGGAGAGAAGCAGACUGGAAAAGGUGUUACUGCGGAGAGGAGAGAUGUGGGACCAGGGAGGACAGCCGUGGCCGCAGUGGCCUCUGAGCAGCCAGCAGCAAUGGAUGCAGUCCUUCCAGCACCAGCAUGACCCAGGUCAGGUGGACUGGGCUGCUCUGGCACAGGCCUGGAUAGCCCAAAAGGAGUCAACAGGAACACAACCGCACAACAUUCAGCCUAAUGGUCAGGACCUCCCUGGCCAUGAUUCUGGUCCACCUGGUCCACCUGCUCCGCCGGCUAACCAUGGAGCCUUUCAGGGUGAACCAGGGUUUGGACGGAUGUGGCAACCAGAGUGGGGGAUACACGGUCAGGCCCCUCCCCCUCCGCCACCACCCCCGCCCGAGCAGCCCUGGAUUCCUCCGGGGUCCGGCCCGAUGGACGUGGUGGCCCUGAGCGAGGACAGCAACAGCCAGGACAGCGUGGAGUUCAACUCUGAAGCCCACCGCGGGGGUUACCCCCAGAACAGCCAUGGGUAUGGGGCACAGCCCGACAGCUACGCCAUGGCCCCCAUGGCCAUGAACCAGUUUGAUUAUCAGCACGGUGCCGCUCCAUCCUUCCCCCCGACUCCCACGGGGUUUCACUCCCCGUACUGGCAGGGCCCCCCUCAGAGCAGGCGGGACACCCGACCGCCCGGCUUCAGGGACCGGCCCCGGUCCCCCAUCCCGCUCCCCGUCAAGCCUCCAGAGGCCCCGGCUCCUCUGGCUCCUCUAGCACCUCUAGACGCCAUAAAGCGUCGCACGCUGCCAGCAUGGAUCCGAGAGGGUCUGGAGAAGAUGGACAGGGAGAAGCAGAAGAAGCUGGAGCGAGAGCGGAUGGAGAAGGAGCGCGCCGAAAUGAAAAAGGACAACAGGAAAGAACAUGAAGUCAGCAUGGAAGGGGAUGGGCCCCGUUUGCCCCGCAAGAGCAAAUUUGACAGCGACGACGAGGGCAACGACGAGCACGAGAGCGAAGAGAAGAUGACCGUGAAGCGAGAGUUUACCGCCCGCAGCCCGUCUCCAUCGGUGGAGGACAGCGAACCAGAACUAACCGACGAGUUAAAGGAGGAGCUGCUGAUGGGCAUCACUAAAACUCUCCUGACUGAGAUCCUCCUCACGGUCACCAACGAGGAGAUCAUGCACGUUGCCAGGGAUACCCACAGAAAAGCCACUCGAGCUCCUGCAAAACAGCUGGCACAGUCAAGUGCACUGGCUUCUCUGACCGGUCUCAGCGGGAUUGGUGACUACGGCUCAGAUGAAAGCGAGGACGACGACGCUCGCAGCGCUCGAGGGUCUGACUCUUCGGAGACAGACGAGGAAGAACUGCACCACCGCAUCCGAGCGAAGCAGGACGCCUUCCGCCGUAAAGAGCAGGAAUUGCAGGAAAAACUGGCACAAGAAGCUCUGAUUGCACGUGACGAGAUGGCAAAGGAGAGAUUGAGCAGAGAAAAGGGGGAAUACAAUGAGGGUCAGUUAGAAAAUGCACACAAACAGGAAGUAAACGAGAAGGAGCCAGAGUCUGUGGUAGACAGGCGCGGGUCCCGUAGUGAUGAGGGCAAGCACUCAGGCCGAGGGAAGGAACAAUCGAGGCGAGGUGGCAGCGACUCCCCGGCCAACGGUCACAGCAGCAGCUCCCGCUCCACCUCCAGCCGCAGCAGCUCCCGCUCCUCCUCCACGUCCUCGUCUUCCUCUGCAUCUUCCCGUAGCUCCUCUCGGUCUUUGUCCCCGCAAAGGAAGAGGCGGCGUAGUCGCUCUUCGUCCCGCAAAGCCCGGCGGCGCAGCCGCAGCCACAGCUCCCACAGGCACCGCAGCGAGAAGGCCAGGGACAGGAGGAGGAGCAGCGCAGAGCGCUCAGGUCGCCACAAGAGGGAGCGCAGCGCUUCCAGAGAGAACAGGAGCCGCAGGAGUAGGUCCCGGUCCAGGGAGCGAGACAGGGACAGAGGCAGGGGUAGGGGCAGAGACAGCCGCAGUCGCAGCAGAGACAGAACUAGGGACAAGGACAGGAAGAGGAGCCGGGAGCGCAGGGACAGCAGUCACAGUCGGAGCAGCAAACACAAACAAAAGGUCUCCAGCAGGGACAGGGAGAGGAGGAGAGACAGAAGUCGAAGCCAUGAAAAAGAUAAGAAAAAGAAAGAUAGAGACAGAGAAAAAGAUUCAGACAAAAAGAAAGAGAAGCCUAAAUCUAAAGACAAGGAGAAGGAAAAAGGAAGCUCCGUUACAGAGGAGAACGACAAGGCAAAGAAAAGGAAAGAGAGCGACUCUUUGACAGACUCCCAGAGCGACAAGCGCUCUCGGCAAGAUAGCAAAUCGUCUAAGAAGGGCUCCAGCAAAGCUAGCAAGAAGCGCUCAGACUCCGACUCGAGUAGAUCCCCCACCCCCGAAGUUAGCAAGGAAAAGAAAUCUAAGAAAUCCAAACGUAGCCGGUCAAGGUCGGUGGAAAAAUCUCACAAGUCUGGUAAGAAGGCAAGCCGCAAACACAAGUCUAAGUCACGAUCAAGGUCCGCAUCCCCAUCCCAUCGAAGCAAACGCUGAGGAGCACAGUCGACAUCUGGAUCUGUGCAUUUACCCGCUUAAAAUUCCAUGAGUUGAGCAGGCUUGUCUCAUUAUAGAGGCAGUUGUGUAGGUGAACACCCCCCUCAUACAUUUCUUUUAUUGUAAAUAUGCUGUAAUUUUUAAAGUGUGACUGACAAACAAUACAUUUUGAAUGCUAGAUUUCAUUAUGCAGAGUUUAGUCGCACUAAAAUCUGAAGUUGUACCGUUUUAAAACAUAAUAUGAACAUUUCCUUCCCUUCUCACGUUGUUGUACGAUGUCCAAUAAAGCCGUUAUCUUCCUUG